GUCCUUUUGUUUAACAUAAUGAAGCUUAACAAACUGAUUCCGAUCAGAAUCGCAAAACUCGUAACGUUGCGCGUUUGUUUUCAUAUAAGUUUACACGUAGGAUUAAGGUGCGCUCUCUGACUAGAGACAUUUAAUAUCAUCCAAAAUGGCCGCAUCCAUAUAUGCCACCCCACCGCCGGAUCUGAGCAGCGAGGAUACAGCGCUCUCCGAUGUCUCCAACUCAUCCACACUCAACACAAAUCGCGGCGGCGGCAGCAGCAAUAACAGCAGCAGCAACACCAACAACAACAACAGUCACACACAUGAAGCCACAGCAGCAACAGCAACAGCAGCAGCAGCAGCAACCACUGCAGCAAACACAGCAAUGUCACCCACUCUGGAAACGGAGUCGAAGCCACUUGGAAGCAACACAAAUGAGACAGACAUGGCAGCAGUCGAGGAUGAGGCCGAGGGCGAGGCCGACGGCGAGGGCGAGGCAGCAGGCGGCCUGGAUCAGACAGCGAUGGCUGCAAUGGCUGCUGCAGCAGCUAAUGCAGCAGCCAUGCAGCUGCAGCUGCUCGAAGCGCUCAACGAUGCGGCCAAGAAGCGGCGCAAGCAACACAAUCCCAGUCGUCUGGAGGCGCUCAAUCUGAGUGGUGGCGAGACGGAGGAGGGAGCUGCCACAGGCACAACCACAGCGGGCCAGGUGGACCCAGCGACAAUCGACUACGAGGAGAAGCUGUCGAAGAUGUUGCUGCCCAAGUCCAUAGAGAAGCUAAAGGAAACAUUCGAGCUGCUGCAGCAGCAAAAGCUGCAGCCCGAAGACAUAUCAGACGCGGAAGAGAAGCAGCAACAGCAGCAGCAGCAGCAGCAGCAAGAGGAAGAGCAGCAGCAACAGCUAAUUAAUCCCUAUCAGACCUACUGCAAGCAGUGCGGUGAGAACUUUGAGACAGAGUUCAAGCUCAGUCUGCACAUGUUGCAGGACCAUCAGCAGCACCAGCAGCAGCAGCAACAGCAGCAGCAACAGUUGUCGUCCGACGAGCCCAUGGACUUGCUGGCCUCCAUUAAAGUGAAGCUUGAGCGUGCUGACAGUCCCUCGCAGCUGGAGCUACAGCAGCAACAGCAGCAGCUGGAGCUGGCCAAUGGACACGCCAGCAACAACAAGGAACACGAACUUUGGCUACAGGCCAUGCAGCAGCAGCAGCAUCAGCAACUGCCUGGCAUGCCGCCCGCUUUUGCAUUUCCGCCAGAGGCGGCACUUGGCUGGCCACUUCUUGGCAUGCCGGGCUUUGCGGGCGUCGACGGGCUCAAUCGGCCGCCCUUGCGCAUCUUCAAUCCGGAGGCUUACUGCGAGCUCUGCAACAAGGAGUUCUGCAACAAAUACUUCUUGAAGACGCACAAGGCCAACAAGCAUGGCAUCUUCGAUCCCGCCGGCGACUUGACAACGCCCAACAACAAUAUCAGCAGCAUCAGCAACAACAACAACAACAGCAGCAGCAGCAACAACAACCACAGCAGCAACAGCAGCAACAACAACAACAACAACAGCAGCAGCAGCAGCAGCUCAACUUCCAUCUUCCCAACGCUGCAAAUGCCACGUGAGCCGCCGCCACAGAAACCGGAACCACAAUUGACACCACCCGCACCGCCGGCGGUGCACUGCGACAUCUGCUCAAAGCGCUUUACCAAUGUCUUUGCCAUGCGUCGCCAUCGCGCCAAGCAGCACGAACAGGCCACGCCCACUGCCUCACCAACGCCCAACGAGCAGACGCCAUCGACUCUGCAGCCAGCCGUUAAGCAGGAGCCCACGCCGGAAGUGUUGGCCGUGGCGGAACAGAAGCCGUAUCAACUGCCCGAAGGUUUUCGCGAGGACUUCACGCUGGAGCAGGAGGAGGUGGCCUUUGCGCCGCCGCCUCGCAAGCUGCCCAGUCAGCUGCAGCAGCAGGCACGCGACUCCAACUGGGCGCCAGAGAAGUUGCGACGUCUCGGAGUUCAGCUGCCGGAGGCAUUCUGUGAGCUCUGCGGCAAGGAGUAUGCCAAUCGCUACUUCUUGCGCACGCACAAGUGGAAGCGUCACGGGGUCUUUGUGCCGCCCGAGGAGCUGGGCAAAGAGGAGCAGCCAAUGAUGCCCGCCGGCUGGCCAUUCAUGCCGCUGAAUCUGAUGUUGGCCAAGGCAGCAGCCGAGCAGGAGCAGCAGCCAGAUCAGGACGAUGAACAGCAGGCGCCACAGCAGCAACUGGAGGAGCAGCCCAGCAAACGUAUCAAGCUCGAGCCCUACGACGAGACGACGCCGCCGCAAGACAAACUGGACAACUCGGUGAUGGGUCUGCAGAAUCUGCAGAAGCUGCAAUCGAUGCUGCAGCAGCUCAACGACUUCAAUGGCAAACGCCCGCUGCCCUGUCACCUGUGCGGCCGGGAACUGGAGCAUCAAUACGCGUUGCGAGCCCAUCUCAUGACGGAGCACGCGGGCCAGCUUAUGCCCGAGGGACAUCCCAUGCUCUACCAGCAGCAGCAGCAGCAGCAGCAGCAGCAGCAACAGCAGCAACAGUUGCCAUUGAAAUUGUCGCCAGUGGCUGCUGGUGGGGGCUCGCCCAAUGCUGCCACGCCCACGCCCAACGAGCUGCGCUGCCAGACGUGCGAGCGUGACUUUGGCAACACACAGGAAUUCAAGCAACAUAUCGCCGAGGUGCAUCUGGGUCGCCUGCCGGGCAGCAGUCCGCUGCGCGAGGGCUUCUACACGCCGGAACGCGCCACAGUCGCCGCUGGCGGUGCAGCUGGAGGCGUGGCGCCUGGCACACCACGUGCCGCCUACACCAUAACGCCCACUUCCAGCUACUGCGAGAUAUGCAACAAGGAGCUGUGCAACAAGUACUUCAUGAAGACGCACAUGCAGCGCAUGCAUGGCAUUGAAAUCGAGAAUGGGGCACAGAUCGGGGGCGUCGUGUGCAACAUCUGCAACAAGGAGCUGUGCAGCAAAUACUUUCUGCGCGUGCACAAGCACAACACGCACGGCAUCAUUGAGGAUGGCGCUCCACUGCCCCAGCCGCGUGGCAGCGCGCAGAAUGGUCUGAAAGUCGAGGCACAGCAGCAGCAGCAGCAACAGCAGCAGCAGCAACAGCAGCAACAGCAGCAGCAACAACAGCAACAGCAGCAGCAACAGUUGCUGGAGCCGGAGAUUAACUUAACGCCGCUGCGUGGCGAAUCGAAUGAGCUUUGCCCGCUCUGCGCUCGCCAGUUCCGCAGCUCCAAGUGGCUGCGCACGCAUCUGAUGAACGAACAUGGCGCCGCUGGCAUUGAGAAGCUGCGCGAGCUGGAGCAGUCGGCCAUCAGCACCAGUGGCGGCAGCAGCAAGCCAAACAGUCCCACGCUCAAGAUACCCAAUGGGAAUGCCACAGGUGCUGCCAACAAUCUUGCCCAGGCGCUGCAGAAUGCUCAGCAGCAGCUGUUUGGCCAGAUGCAGCUGCCCAAGGGCAUGCCACUGCCGCUGCCCUUGCCGGGCAUGUUCGAGCAGACGCCGCGCUUCAAAGAAUACCAAUGCUCACUGUGCCCCUUCACCACGCCCUACUAUGCAUUCCUCUUCAUACACGAACGCUCCCAUGCGCUGCUCAACAAUGGAGGCAACGAUGGCAACGACGCUCAACUGGAGGCGGAUCGGGACAGAGCCUUCAGCUCCGCUCAGGGCAAAGCCAGAAGCAAGACAAACAGAGAGCGCGCCCUGAAAGCUGAGCGCUCGGAUGUCGAGCCCACAAACCUGACCACCAACAACAACAGCAACAGCAACCACAGCCAUAGCAAGACAGCCACGCCCACGCCCUCUAUGAUACCCUCGCCAGGCGCCCCUGCCGCCUCGCCCAAAGCCCGUUCAGCUAGUGUGACACCCACGCUCGGACGACGCAGCGCCCACAACUCCAAGCCGGGCACACCCAACGGCCUGCAAGCUCAACGUUCGGCGGCCACCUCGCCUUUUGAGUUGUGCGCGGAUCUGGCCAAUGGCAGCGGCAAGCCGGCCAGCUAUGCACAGCCGGACAAGUCGGAAGAGGCAUAUCAGAUGCAAGCCUUCCAUCUAACACCCGCUGACGCCGAUGCCGAGGGUCUCUUUGCACCGGCGCUCGUUUAUCUGCCGGUGCGCGUGCGAGCCUCGGAGUCGACCACGCUGAGCUUCAGGCUGACACCAGCCUAAGCCGCGACACAGCUCAGAGGUCAACAGGUACCGAACCACAAAUCACAAACACAACACUUAAGUGUUGCCAGCGUAUGUAAGUUAAAAAGAACCCCAAAAACCGUUUUGUUCAAAAAGCAUA